CUCUCCUCCUACUACUUUCUUUCUCCCUUCAAUUACCGUCAGGUAAACGCAUUCCUUCGUUUUUUCAUAACGUCGGUUCCUCGCGUCCGACUCAUGCUUUUCGUGCGUGCUAACACCAUUUUUUUGACUUAAAUAGUUGGACCUUUGCAAGUGUCCUGUCACUCGUUGAUCACGAACACCUCGUCUUCACCCCCGCUCUCUCCACAUCUGCAUUCUUUUUCUCCUAUUUACACAUUAUUCAACAUGUUCUCCACAUUUGCAACACUCGUCCUGUCCCUCAUUGCUACGUCUGUAGUGUCUGCGCUCGUCGUUCCUCGCGCGACUGCCCCUCAAGGCUGGGACACCUCAGCUCUUGAGCCCUAUGACACCUACCACUGUAGAUAUGUCGCACUCCAGUGCCAAACCCAGCACAACACGGAAUUCUUUUCUGACUGCUGCCACCCCCUCGCGGCCGGCGAGAGCGCUAGCGCUCUCCCCGCUCAGUGCCAGAUGCCCUCUGGUGACUCCUGCAGCAAUGGUGAACUUGUAUCGAAUGAUGAUGGCUGUGAUGAUGGUCCCUCAUCGACUCCAACAGCUUCUCCUGCAUCCUCCACCCCCGUGCAGCCUGCCCCUCUGCCCACUACGAGCAACACCCCCAUCGCUGUCCCUGCUCCGACUACUACCUCGGAGGCAGUCUCGACGACCGCGCCAUCCACUGGUUCUAGCGACAGCAGUCUGAACUAUGGCGGAUAUGCAACUUACUUCUACCAGGAAGGCAACCCAGGCGCAUGUGGAACAGUCCACUCUGAUUCUGACUUCAUCUGCGCUAUGGAUCAAUCUCGUUACGGCAACUCUGGCAAUGCUUCCCCCCUUUGUGGUCAACAGGUCCAAAUCACCAAUCAGAUCAACGGCAACACCGUUGUGGUUACGAUUGCUGAUGACUGCCCGACUUGUCAGAACGAGAACUCCAUCGACCUUUCUGUUGCUGCCUUCCAAGCUCUAGACAACCUCUCCGUUGGCGACCUUCCCAUUACCUGGAAGUUCCUUAAUUAGUUGUCCCUUAGCAGACACUGUGUGCCUCUUCCAUCGUUCACUGUUUUCAUUCCUUUGCCGCAUUGAUGCGUUAUUUGGUUUGACGGGCUAGUCCCGUUGGAGCAUGGUAGCUGGCGUUGGCGUUCAGGACAUUAACGACCCUGGUGGCUCUUGGUUUCCACACCGACGAUCAAAUGCCCAUUCCCUCCACUGGCAACACAUUCAUUGUUCGCUCUUGUUUAUAUGGCUUUACAAUCACUCGGAAUCACGCAUACUCAUGAAUUUCUUUUGUUAUCGGGUUUUUAUCAUAUUCAGGGCAUGCAAUAUGUUUCAUACAUUGUUGAUACGUUGAUAGCUGGCUAGUCACAGAUUGUUGGUCAUGUCAUAUUCACAUAGACGACGCAGUGCGUAAUAACAUAGAUAUUAAAUCAUUUGAUCGAUGUCA